GCAAGAUUAGACAUUUAAUUCUGAAAGAAUGAAAAUUGAGAGCAAAACUACUAUUUUGGAUCUUAACAUGGACGUGUUGGACAUAAUAUUCAGCAACUUCUAUUGGGAGAAGGACAAGUUAAAUUUCGCUAAAGCUCAUCCACAUCUGAGUGCAGCAUUUGUACAUCACAGUCGGAAGAAGUAUAAAGAAAUCCGUACAGUAGACAGAGACUGGGAAUUUAUUUUAAAGUGGCUUGGUACAAAUGUUACAUCUCUGAGGGAUAAAAAUUGCAGGAAUGAUGUUGCCCAAACUAAUCAAAUGCUGGAACUGGCUGGAAAUUAUUGCCCAAAUGUGGAGGUUAUAGAAUUUCAUGUCUCCGAGGAAAAUAUAAAGAUUGUAGAAGAUAAUUUGGUGAAACUUAGGAAGCUGAAUUAUAUUAUAUUGCGCGGACAAAUUAUAAACAUGGAGAAUAUUUUUAAAAUUCUUAAAACGUUUCAGAAGUUGAGGAGAAUGGCACUGCCUAAUUGCUAUCUUCCAAAUUUGGUACCAAUGAACAGUUUAGAGAACUUAGAGGAUUUACAAUUUGUGGACUUGAUGGAUAGUGACAUUAAACUAUUUCAUAAUCUUUGGAAAAAUCUAAAAUGCUUAAGAACACUUACAUAUCCGAGUACACUUAACAUUCUGUCUAAACAUUGUGAACAACUAGAGUAUCUAAAAUUGUAUAACUACCAAUACUUUGGAAAAUCAAUGUUUGCACAUUUUCCAAAAUUAAAGCGCCUGAAAAUACUUUCCUGUGAUGAUAACGAUGCAUAUUUCCACGGAAAAUACAAUAAUCAACUGGAGACACUUGAAUUUCCAAGAGGUAGUUUUACAACGGCAAAGACAGCUAGACGAAUCGCUAAGCUGAAAGCCCUCAAAACACUACGCUCUAAAUAUAUGGAUUCGAGAUGUAUAAGAUACAUAGCUCGAAUGUCGCUAGAGAAAUUAAUAUUGUGGGAGCUUGAGCAAAAUGAUCUUUUAAUAUUACUACGUGAAUGCAAGACACUGAGAUGGCUUCAUCUUGAGAGCUUAAAUUUGGAUAAAGAUGGUCUUGACACUUUAUUAGAUAUUUUAAAAUCAAAUGGAUUUCAACCGGAAAACCCAUUUGUACUUUGUUUAGAGUGUAAACAAUUACGUACAAGCAUAAUAAAUAAGUUGACAUCGUGUUCUAAUGCAAAGUUAUUGGACGUUCAACGGUCUUCAUAUAAAUUUAUUCUUCCAUAAUAAACCCAUUAUAUUAUUUUGUUUAUUAUUUAUUGUGAAA